AUGGAUCCCCAGGCUUCUUCACAUCAAGUGUUCACCAUCCAUGAAGAUGCUAUAACAUGGCAAAGGCGGUUUAACAAAGCAAGGCCUAUUUCUGCAUGCAGUGAGAGUUGCAGUCCUGGCUCAAGCAAGAAAAUGAAGGAGGGGGAGCCAUUUUGUUGCUACGAUUGCACUCCCUGUCCAGAAGAGAAGAUUUCAGACCAGAUGGAUAUGAAUGACUGUUUUAAAUGUCCAGAUGAAUACUAUCCCAACAAAAACCAGGAUAUAUGUAUUCUGAAGGAAAUAAGCUUCUUGUCUUAUGAAGAACCUUUGGGGAUCAGUUUAGCCUGUUUUUCGCUUUCCUCUUCAAUCAUCGCAGCUCUGGUGCUAGGGACGUUUCUGAAGCACCACAACACUCCCAUUGUCAAAGCCAACAACCGGGACCUCACCUACAUGCUCCUCCUCUCCCUCCUGCUCUGCUUCUUUUGUGCAUUGCUAUUCAUUGGACAGCCUCAGAAGGUGACAUGUCUUCUGCGACAACCUGUUUUUGGCAUCAUCUUCUCAGUGGCUGUUUCUUGUGUGCUGGCAAAAACGAUCACAGUGAUUCUGGCUUUCAUGGCCACCAAACCAGGAUCCAGGAUGAGGAAAUGGGUGGGGAAGAGGCUGGCCAACUCCAUUGUGAUUUCCUGCUCCUUUAUUCAAGUAACCAUUUGUAUUAUGUGGUUGGCAUUUUCUCCCCCAUUCCCAGAUGUCGAUAAGCACUCAAUUUAUGGAGAAAUUGUUCUAGAAUGCAAUGAGGGUUCUGUAACUAUGUUUUACUGUGUCCUGGGUUACAUGGGCUUUCUGGCUAUUGCCAGUUUCAGUGUGGCUUUCCUUGCCAGGAAGUUGCCUGACAGUUUCAAUGAAGCCAAGUUCAUCACUUUCAGCAUGUUGGUCUUUUGCAGUGUUUGGUUAUCCUUUAUUCCCUCCUACCUAAGCACUAAAGGAAAAUACAUGGUAGCUGUGGAGAUCUUUUCCAUCUUAGCCUCCAGUGCUGGGGUGCUAGGGUGCAUCUUUUCCCCUAAAUGUUAUAUCAUUGUUUUAAGGCCUGAAUUGAACGAUAAGGAACAGCUGAUAAGACGAAAGGCUGGAUGA